UUUAUAAAUUUAAUUUGAAUUUUUUAACCACUUGUUUUCAGUUGAAACUAAAUGGUUUAUAAAAAACAAAAUACAUAAAAAAACUUCACCUUUUUAAUUUCUUUUUAAAAAUGACAAAUUCUUUGGACCCAAGGGAAGUACUAAUGUGUUUGAACGACAUGGGUUAUCGAAACAUAACCAGCACACAGUUAAAAGAAUUCAUUAAAGAUCUUCGCAAGUUGAUAAAAUAUGAGGAGCAAUUCUGUUCGAACCAUAAUGAAGCACACAAAGAGCAAAAUAAAGAUUCAAAAGUUAAAUUUGACAAAAACUCUAAUCGUAGGGGUUUACAUAGGAAUAAUUCAGCUCCAGUUGCGACAGCAAAAACCAUAUCAGAAAAUGAAAUAGACAAAACGAUUAGAAAAGAUUUAAAACUUAGAAGACGAGAAUGCGAAAAUAAAACGAGCCUAUAUAUAGACGGCACUUCUUUGAAUCAUUUAGAAAAAGACAAAACAUGUAAGGGAAGUUUGCAAAGAGGCGGUUGUGAAAAAGAAAGACUUCAGACCAAGUUAAAACAAAGUGAAGAAAUCAAUUCUGCCAGAACUUGUAGAACGAAAAGUGCUAGGGGGAUUAAAGAAAAUGACCCAGUUGAACUCUACCAGUAUUACAAAAGGGAAUGGGAACGUUUUAAAAAAAAUUUUCCCGGCGAAAACUCUCAUAGCGAAUUACGAUCUAGUAUUAAAAGAAAACUUUUAGUUACUAAAGGAAAAAAUAUGUCGUAAAC